UACAACACACACACUACACACACUCUCAUACAUCACACACACUACACCCACUCUCAUACAACACACACACUCUCAUACAACACACACACACUCUCAUACAACACACACACACUCUCAUACAACACACACACACUCUCAUACAACACACACACACUCUCAUACAACAAACACACUACACACACUCUCAUACAACACACACACUACACACACUCUCAUACAACACGCACACUACACACACUCUCAUACAACACGCAGACCACACACACUCUCAUACAACACGCACACUACACACACUCUCAUACAACACACACACACAGUGGCCCAUGUCUGACAGAAGGACUUUGGUUUUAUGCUCACAUAAGCAGACAUUGCUCUGAGCAAAAGCAAGAAAGCACAGGAGGUGGAAGCUUUGCUGGGUGAAAAUGAUAUGUUACAAGCAAAACUGCACAGCCAAGAGGAUGAUUUCCGGUUGCAAAACAGCACGUUAAUGCAGGAGCUCUCCAAGCUCUGUUCUCAAAUUGAGCAACUGGAGGCAGAAAACAAGCAAGUGAAAGAAGGUACAUCUGCCCCGACCGCUUCUUCUGGGGCUGCAGAGGGAGAACUAAGGAGGCUUCAGGCAGAGAACACUGCUCUGCAGAGAAAUAUUACAACUCUUCAGGAGUGCCAUGAAAAGGAAUUGGCUGCUUUGAGGUGCCAGGAACUCCAGGCUAAUGGACUCCGCUCAUCCCUUAGUGAAAAUGCAGCAGAGAGAGAUUCAGCAUCGCAGUCAGACGGACAGGGCAACCUGAAUGGGAACGAUUCAGAGAGGAGCAUGAGAGACCUACAAGCUGUUAGAUUGAAACUAGAGACGGAGACCGAAGAGAACAGGCUACUGAAGGAGCAGAUACAAAGCCUGCAGGCAGAGAUUGCCAGGCUACAGGACGAACAGAUAAAGACAACUGAAAAGUUGAAGAAGAAACAUGACAGUUACCUACGGCUACAGACAGAUAAAGAGGCUCUUUACAAUGACAGCAGGACUAAAAUUGAAGAAAUUCAACAAAAGAAAGAGGAAGAAUUAAAAGUGUUUGCUCUACAAACCCAGAAGAUCCAGCAAGAUCUGCAGGUAUCCCAGCAGAGCUGUGGUGAGCUUAGGGAGCAGCUGAAGAGCCAGAAUGAGGAGCAUGAGAGAGCCGUGCAAGACCUGCACCAACAGGUGGCUUGUCAGAGCGCGGUGAGCCAGGAGCAGGUGGAAAAUAUUCUCCAGGAAAACGAUGCUUUGCGCACCAACCUGGCAGCGUUAGAGCAGAUUCAGACUUCUAGGACACAAGAGCACAGUCUCCUCCGGGACCAGAAUUUAGCCCUUACAGCAGAAUUGCAGCAGCGGCAGAAUGAAAAGGAGAGUCUUUUGGCUCAAAGAGAUGAUCUGAAAACUCAGCUUCAGGAGUCUGUCCGUGCUAAUACUCGCCUGUUGGAGCAACUGCAGGAACACACUCAAGAAAUACAGCACUUGCAGCAAGAGCUUGAUGAAACUCGCAAGAGUGCUGACAAGAGGAAAGCCAUGCUGGAUGAGAUGGCUAUUGAGAUGCUACAAGAGAAGACCAAGCACAAAGAGGAUUUGGGGAAUGUGAGACUUCAGCAUGAGAAGGAAGUACUAAGUAUAAGGGCCAAGUAUGAAAAGGAACUCAGGGAGCUACAUGAAGAAAAGCAUCGGGGAGAGGAGGAACUUAAAGGGCAACUUAGGGAUGAGAAGGCUCGCAGCAGAGAGCUGGAGGGUUUGCAACAGACAACCGAAGAGCUGCGCUUACAAAUCCAGUCACUAGAGGGAACCAAAGGCUGGUUUGAAAGGAGGCUUAAGGAAGCAGAGGAAGCAGUUGAGCGGAAUCAGUUGCAGCAUGAAGAGGAUUUGGCGAAGAUCAGAACUGAGCAUUUAGCUGAUCUGCAUAUAAAAAACCAGGAAGUGGAGGGUCUGAGGGCGCAACUGGAAACAUCUGCAAAAGAGAGGGACCGUCUUCAGGAGACUAUUAACCAGCAAAAACAGGAAAUUAAAGAUACUGUGGAUGGGCAGAGAAUACUGGAAAAGAAAGGAAGCGCUGCUCUGAAAGAUCUAAAAAGGCAGCUGCACCUGGAGAGGAAGCGAGCAGACAAACUGCAGGAACGUUUGCAGGAGAUUCUCACUAACAGCAAGACCCGCACAGGUUUAGAAGAACUGGUGUUGGCUGAAAUUAGCUCACCAAGCCGCACACAGACUGGAGACAGCAGCAGCAUCUCAUCCUUUAGCUACAGAGAAAUAAUGAAGGAGAAUUCAGUACCUAGUGGUAACAAGUCUAAUACCGGAAGCCCUCAAUCCAGUCUUCAGCGGCCGGCAGAGCUUUCAGAUGAAGAGGUGUCUGAACUAUUCCAGAGAUUGGCUGAAAUCCAACAAGAAAAAUGGAUGCUGGAAGAAAAGGUGAAACACCUUGAAGUAAGCAGUGCAUCUAUGGCUGAUGAUCUAUGCAGGAAGAGUGAAAUUAUUGAGACUUACGUUAUGGACAGCAGGAUUGAUGUGUCAGGAGCUCACGGACAUGUGGACCGGAGCAGUCUGGGUAGUGUCUUGCGGGACCUAGUGAAGCCUGGAGAUGAGAACCUCAGGGAGAUGAACAAGAAGCUUCAGAACAUGCUGGAAGAGCAACUGACCAAGAAUGUGCACUUACAGAAGGAUCUUGAGGCUCUGUCACAGGAGAUUGUUCGAUUAAGCAAAGAAUGUGCUACAGCCCAAGAUAUCCAGCAGACACACCCAGCCAGCUGAAGAUCUGACCCUGCAUCUCUCUCUAGUGUCCCCCAUACCCUCCUUUAUAUGAUCUCCCCCCUCUCCCUCUGUCUUAAAUAAUGUUAUUUUAAGUGCAAUAUCAUUUUGUUUUACAAAUGAUUUGCACAGUUUAUGUCUGUACCUAUCCAGAUCUCUUCCAGCCCUGCCACACAUCUACCAGUGUCCCUUUCUUAUGUCCUCUGCCACCUCUCACACUUUCUGUGUGUCGUUCCUCUCUGCCCCCCACUUUUCUGUGCCCUUCUUUUACUUUCACAAUCGUUUUACUUGGUUCACCGUCCUAUUCUGUACCUCUCAUUGGCUGCCUGGGGGAGAUCAUCUUAAAACCAGUGUAACUAAAGAUCAUUUAUGAAACAUUCCUCUGGGGUCUUUCAGAUCCCUAAAAGUGCAAGAAAAGUAUCCACUAUCCCUCCCUUUCUUUCUCAGUGCUUCAUCCAAAACCGUAACCCUAGAAAGAACUUGCAGCCAUUGGCACUGUCUGACAACUUUAUGCCAUAACAGUACUGUAAUAUACAGUGAGGUGUGUGCCAGCCUCCCGUGUAGGUCUAUUUAAUGCAGCUUGUAAACUGAUUUGUAUAUAUGAAUGCCCAUUGCUUAUGAUUUUGUGCCUCUUGGUUUCUGCGCGCUGAGCUUGGUUUGUCUUAUCUGUCCAUUCGUUUUUGUUCAAAUGAAGCACAGAUUGUUCUCAGCAGAGAAGGAACAUGGAAGCAAAUUUGAAGGCAAUAAGCUGCUCUCCGCCUGCAGCUCCCUCCCUUUUGCCCAGCCAAUGUGGGGGAGCCUUGGCACCUGCUUUAUAACUUUGUGCAUGGACGCUGCUAACUCUGGGCUACAACCUGUAUGGGCUAGAAAUAAAAGUAGAAGCACUCAGUCAUGUAACUCUCUACUGUGGUUAUUAACUGUUGUCUACUGUUUAUGGCUAAUGCUAGACCAUAACGGUAAAAUAACCUUCCAUAUUUUAUCUGCAGGAAGUGGUGUGGACAUCCCCUUGGUUACUCCCCUCAUCCCACUCUAUGUUCUAGAUCAGUGAUGGACAAUUCCUAACACAUGGAGGCCACAGAUGAAUAUUUUAGAGUUUUUAAGGGCCCCCUACAUUAUAUAAUAAUAUAUUUUGACUGGGUUGCCUACCCACCAGAAGUCCCUGAAAUACCCAUUAUCCGUUUGUUUUCCCUGAUUACAAAAACUAUGGUGUGGUUCACAGGCCCACUAGUUGGCUAUGACGGGUGCACUUGGACUCUGUUUCUGUUUGUUCUAUGACUGAUUGCUUCUUGGGUGACUUAGCCUUCAUAGUGACCUUUUGGGUGACUGUGUUGGUUUAAAGGCACAUUCCAGUCAAAAUUGGAGUCCACAUAGAUGCAUUUCAGUUUUGAAUAGAAGCAUUUUUAUAAUAUACAUGUAUUAGCAAAAAUGCUUCUAAUAAAAGUUAUAGCUGUUUCAAAAGUGUAUUUAAAUAUGCACCGUGCACCAGCAUUUUAAACACAGCACUUGCUCAGAGAGCCUAAGGUGGUUGUACCAUCUGGUAAUGACUCAAUUUGUUAAUUGCUGACAUGAUACAAGCCCCACUGGCUCUCUGAGCAGCUGCAGUAUUUAAAAUGCUGGUGCACUGAGAAUAUCUAGAUAUGCUUGACAUGCACGUACAGAGAAAAUUGUUGACAUUAAACCAGUGAUAACUUUUAUUAGAAGCAUUUUUGCCAAUACUUCUAUAUUGCAAUUCUGUUUCUAAUAAAAGAUGUAUAAAUUUUGACCGGAAUGUCCCUUUAACUAUUACUGCCCGUACUGUACUUCUGGUCACACUGCUCUGCUAGGUGACUGCACUAUAUUUAUGCAUUACACUGCCCUUAUUAUUCUACUGUCUGUGGUACUGCCCUAUGUUACGUUCCCUCCUGCAGGAAGCUUUUUGUGCCCUUUUCUGCCCACUAAGUAAUAAUCUAAUGAUGGGCUGUGCCCACACAAAACAGGUUUCUCUGUUUAUGCACUAAAUUACUUUGGAUGAUAUGCCCCUACGAUUGCAGACUGAGAGCAUGGCCUCUUGUUCUAGCAUUUCUCUUUUAAAUAUAUGACCUUUCUGUAUUAUGUUGAAUCCUUUAAUUUAUUUUUUUAAUGUUUGUUGUAAUUCAUCUUUCUUCUUUCCUCUAACCUAUUCAUAUUAAAGUUAUUAUGUUUUCCUGUUAUAA